AUGUACUUUGGAUUUUCGGAUAAACUAUGCUCCUGGAUUUUUGCACUCGUUUUCAUUGAUUUUUGUGUUUAUGCGUAUAUUAUAAGGUUGGUUGGGAGGGACUAAAAAAUUUGAAUGGUUGACCUAAGAAACCUAUAGGUAGCCUGUUUUUGAUGGCCUAGAAAACCGAAUUUCCUAUUUUUUGGAUUAAAAAUCUGAAACAACGAUUUUCGUGUCCUAGAAUCCAACACUUUUAGUUUUGAUGACCUGAAAUCUCGAUAUUUCCGAAAAACUCAAAAUAACAACUUUAAAAAAAAAUUUCAAAUCAGAAAUUUGCAGCUCAUUUGAUAAUUGGGUUCAACUAUGUCUGAAUAUAACUCUUCCACUUCAAAUUUGGCAAGCAAUUCUUUUUGCUUCAUUUGCACCUGAUGAUAUUUUAGCCGAAAUUAUUGGCGAACAAAACGUGGAAACUUAUCGGGUUGGUUUUUAUUCGCUGAAACUUAUUUUCUUGAGAUUCUGAUGUUUUCAGCAUCCAACUUCACCACGUCAUCAACAAAUUCGAUCGUCGGGUGAUCAUUGA